CGUGAUGACGUCACGGUCACGUGGUACAAAUGGAGAACAUAGAGGGUGCUCGCGGCCGCGGACACACACUGCCUCUCUCUAGCUACACGUGUGUGAUUUACCACUCCCAGUGUGUGAGCUAUCUCUAUGAGUAACCAAGGUUUUGGAUGAAUCCAGACUGGAUGAAUACAAUGGAGUUUAAUGACCCAGAGACUAUCUUAAAAUUUCUUGAGGCAAACUCAGAAAUAACUAGUGAAGAUAUUGCAGUUAAUGCGCAGGCUGGUUUUGAUAGUGAUUUCCCCAACACAACUGUGGAUUAUGAUGAUGAUGAUCACUCGGCAUCAACUGAAGCUCUCCUAGAUAGCCUUAUCAAGAGUGUAUGUGGUGUGCAGGCUCCUGCUUCAUCAACCAAAAAUGAAGCUGUAAAAGACAGUGAUAAAAAUGAUCUUUCAGAAUGUGAGGCAAAGGAAGCAGUCUCUGCUAAGGUUAACAAAGAGUCGCCAAAGCUUCCCUUCCAAUUAAGUGAUAGCAUGAAGAAAGGCCUGUCCAUGCUGACAUUUCCCUCAAAGAAGACUAACUCUCGCAAGAAAACCAUCACACCAUCCCGACCCACUUUAAAUUGUAGAAUUACAAUAGGCGAAGCCUUAGAAAAAGCACAGGAUGCAAGAAAAAGAAUAUCCAGUGAUAUUAAAGAAGCAGGCCAACUAGAGACUGUGAAGGGAAGCACUUUGUCAGAUGCUCCAACACCACAUCCACAUAUGGGUAGUUCUGUGCUAGAUGUUGCAGAACAGGCUGGGAGAAUUAAGAUUGAGCCAGAGGAGGAGUUGGAGCUUACAAGGAAGAUUGAUGCCAACGUAAAUGUCACAAAAGGGGAAAAAGAAAAUUGGAGCAAAACUACCAAAAUACCAGACCUGAGUGUACCAGCAUCUUCAUGUGAAAAUUUUCAUAAUGACCAGCAAGUUAACUUGGCUACCUCAAGCAUGGAAGGUAGGACAAUUAAAGUGUGUAUCGAGCAAAUAUUUUUUUGUUCCACUCGGUCUCCAUAUGAGUAUUUUUGUAUUUUCUGUACUCCAGACAUGGUAGAUAAUAUAGUAUAUCAAACAAAUUUGUAUGCCAAGCAAAAAAACAUAAAUAAUAACUUUGCAACAGAUUCUGAGGAGAUCAUGAGGUUCAUAGCAAAUGGUUCUGAGUCUAUUAAAUGGAAGAAGCUGCCCAGCAGUGUGAAUGCUGUCAGUAAGGCAUCAGGGGCAAGAAUACUGGCCGUUGGUUAUACUAACACACAAGAUAAGACUAGUCCAGAUACUAAAGAGUGCCAGACCGAUUCAAGUAUUGAGUUAAUAGAUGAGCUGAGGUUAUUCAAGGGCCCCAAAAAGCAAGAAGAUCAAAGAAAAACAUUUAUUAACAAGGUAAAUUCUGGUCCUAAUGAUCAUUUAAAGGUAACCUUAGCAGAUUAUAAAAGAUACUUUCGGAAUCCCGGUGAUUUAGAGAACAUCAGAGGUAAAAGACAGAGACUUUGUAUGUCACAGAAAUCAACUACCAUACAACGAAACUCGAAUAACCAUCAUACCCAAAGGCAGCAAAUAGACAAUAACUUAGAAGAAAGUGCUCUUGAUCAAGAAUUUGACAAUUCUCAUGAAACGUCUACAGAAUAUGCACAUCAGGACAGAACAAAGCAAACCACAGAAUCAGCAGAGAGUUCUAAAGAUAUAAUGCCAGUAGUGAUGCAUAAUGACUUGGUUGAUGUGAAGAGUGAACUCAUCUCUAGGACUUUAUCUGAAGAUCUGCACACUGUUGGGGAACCCAUUAUCCCUAAGAAAGGCAGGAGGCCAUUUAGUCGUAGAAGACCCAUUAGCAAACUAUCCAGCAAUUUUAUAUACAAAGAUACAGAUUUUUAUUAUAUGUGUGAAUCAUGUGAUGCAAGUUUCCUUUCCAAGGCAGAGUUGAGUGAGCAUAUGUUCUUUCACAGACUUAAGUCACGGAGUCGCAGAGGGGAGAAGAGAGGUGCCUCUAGUACAGCAGAGGAAGAGAGGAAAAGUGCGUUAAAAAGGCUAAAAAUAGAAGAACUUGAAAGUAAUGAAGUUGCAACUAUUAAUGUUGGGGGAUUUGAAAGGUUCAAAUGCCCCAUGUGUAGAGGGCACUUUGCAUCAAUCACAGAUUUAAAUAGGCACAGAACCCAAGCUCACAAAGGAUUUGAUACAGAUGAGUCACUUGAUGUAAAUAUGCCAGUUCGGAGCACUGAGGUUUUCCAGUGCGCCUACUGUGAAAAACUGUAUCGCCGUGAACGAGAAUUACGAAGGCAUCUUAAGCAUGAUUGUAUUAGUGCUCCUAAACACCUAAAAACAAAACUAGAAAAUGGUGUAACUCUUUCUUAUUUAGAAAACACUGGAGAUGGGCCUCACUAUAGAAUAAUUAAAAAAAGUCCUGAUGAAAAUUCUGCAGGUGACCCACUUCCUUCAAAACCUUCCAACAAAGUAACUCACAAGGGACCUAUUACCUGUAAAUAUUGUCUUAUGGUAACAAGGAGAGAAGCAGAAAUGAAACGGCACGUGUGGAAGUAUUGUAUGAAAAUACCAAAGAACAUUGUCAAACAGUUCAAAGAAGGUGCAACAUUAGAAGAGCUUGGUUUCUUGUAUAGCCAUAAUAAACUGGAGUCAUCAGACAGUGUGUCUCAGUCUGAUAACUUACCAGUCACUGAAAGUGAAAAAACUAAUAUUUCCUCAGAUGAGCCACAGAUAGCUACACCUAAGGUAGCUACACCUCAGAUAGCUAAAUCUCAGAUAGCUACAUCCGAGGUAGCUAUACCUCCAAUAACUACACCUCUGAUAACUACUCAAACAGCUACAUACGCUGCUUCACCUCAAGGCGAUACAUCAGAGAUAGCUACACCAAAGGUAGCUACAUCACAGAUGGGUGUUUCUCAGGUAUCUAAUUCUCAAGCUGCUGUUCCUGUAUCGAGCUCAUUAUUUCCAUUUCCUUUGUCAAUGAUGCAAUUACAGUUUUCUAAAUCAAAGGAGCCUUUGGUCUGCUCUUAUUGUGGUUUGUGGUAUUUCCGAGAAGCUGCAAUUUUGAAGCACAUGAAGGAGCGAUGCAUCAAGAUUCCUCCUUUUGAAAAAGAGAUUCUGAUUAGUGGAGCUCAUCUUUGUAAUGUACCUCAAGAUAAUGAAGUCCCAGCAAGUGAAUCUCUUCAACUUUGCAGGGCAAUCUACAAAAAAGUUGAAGUUCUUGAUCAUCAUCUGAAUUCAGAGAAUAUGAACACUAUAUCUAAUGGUACUUCAGUGUUAAGUCAUGAUUUGAGGGUCAGUAAUGAGGCACAAAGAGAAGAGUCUUCUAUGGCAGUCAAUAAAGUAAAAGUUCCUCUAGAGAUAAGAAAAACUACGAAACAGAGUAGGGGCUUGGCCAAUAGAAAAGGUACAAAAUGCCGUAGGUGUCAUGAAAAUUUCAAAUCUCCCGAAGCAGUUCUUGCACAUAGUAGUGUACACCAUGGACCUAAGAAUGGCUUUUAUAAGUGCAAAUUAUGCCAGAUAAGGAUGCCAAAAUAUAAACAACUCAGAGAGCAUGUAUGGGAGCAUACAGAAGAGACACCAUAUAGGUGCCAUGUGUGUGAGGUCAAGUUUCGAUCAAGUGAAAUUCUAAUAGAACAUCUCCAUGAAGAACAUAACUUUAACUUAAUAAAAGAGAGAAACCUUUAUAAAUGGUUACCGACACGAAAUGGCAGAUACAGGGAAAUUAAACCCAUAGCUAAAGAUAAUUGUGAGGAAAGUUUGGAAGAUUUAGAUACUAAUUUGGAUAACCUAGCUGAAGUUAUGGUGAUCACAGAUAAUGAUAUUUGGACAGGUAGAAAUGAAACUCAAAAAUCUUUAGGCAUUGAAAAGGUUGGUGACAAAAAGUUGACUGAAAAUGAUCAGAAAGAAGUAAUUGAAAGUAAUCAAUCUGGAAAGGUAGAAAGUAGCACCCUUAUAAACCAGUCCUCUUUGUCUGAAGGAAAUACUGUUUUAAAUGCAAAAGAACUGGAUCAUAUUGCUGAUAAAGGUACCAAAACUAAGCAGUCCAGCAUACAUGUAAACGAUUCAUUGCCUCCAAAAGAAAUCCUUGAAGAGGAGGACGUGAAUCAUCACACAGUAGAAAAAGACCAUGCUAAAACAGGACAAAGACUUAUGCAUUUUAAGGAAGAAACUGUGUGCAUAGCUGUUGCUGAACCAGAAAAAAAAUUAACAGGGGGAAAUGAUAAGAAUGAAAAAUUGGAACAAAGCUCUACAACAAACAAAAGCAAGAAUACUUCUGCAGGUACAGAAAUUAAAGAGAACUUAAAUUUGGCAGUAAAGAGUGACAAGAAUAAAGAAGGUAAUACACACACAGGAAAGGAAAAUGUAAAUAUAAAAAAGGAGAGUUUGAAGGCAGGACGGUGUGCUAAUGAAGGAAAGGAAAUGGAAAAUGUAGACAAGGCAAUAAUAGAAAAACAAAAAUCCAAUGAGACACAAAAGUUCCAUCGGUUAACAAGCAUGGUAAAUGAAGAUGAACUUUGUGAUGAUGGUUAUGCAGAGAAUGGUGAAGGUCUUCUGUCAAAUGUUGGGAAUCUUGAGAGUGUUGUAGAAACCGUUCAUCUUACUGAUAAUUACCUCUCUUGAGGUUUCCCUUAAAUUAUACUGUUGUAUAUAUACUGUAAAAGCUGACAAUUUCCUAUUAUGUGACAGUUUUUAUCUUCACUAUAAUUAGUGGAACAGAUUAUAGUUAUAUAAUUUGUUUCUAUACCAUGGACAUUAACAUAUUGUAAUUUAUAUUUUAAAAUUUGAUCUGACAUGUAAGAAACAUUUGUACAUAAUUUACAGAUACCAGUACAGUA